CUAGUCCCGUGUUUCCUAUGUCCAUGUAUAUGGUAGAUUUGUUGGUUUUGUGCCCGUUUACCGUAUAGACAUAACCUACAGUUCAUACAGUUGGCAUGACAAUAAGUGGUUGACAGUUUGGUGUGGAUUUGUACAAGUGUUUGCAGUGAUCUGAAAUCUAAAAAUGUAGUUGAACAGUAUGUCGUGAAAAAAAUUAAGUAAAAAUAUGAUAUUUCAUAGCGUAUUUGUAGUUAUAACAUCGUACACAUGAUAAUAAUUCGAACGCUUUGACCUCAACAAAUUUAUCAUUAAUGUUUAGCAUAUUUAUACACUAAUCUUGAUACCAUCAGGAUCAAUUACGUACUAACUCGAAACAGAUUUUUAAACUAAGAAACUUUUUUUAAAAGUUUAUGGAGAUCAAUUAGUGCAGUAUUUAAUUCGAAGUCAUUUGAGGUUAGUUUCAUUAUCAGGAUUAUGGAUUUUUCAACAGUACCGUUAUUUGCUUUAUCCACCGAAUCGAAGCAACUAAUUUCAACAUUGUUGAACCCGCCAAAAAUCCUGAAAUCAGAUAACGGAUGGCCAAGGGAUUGGAGAGGAUUGGCUUAUGUGCUGGGUAUACCAGGCGAGAAAAUACCAUUACUUGAAUCUCAACGAGAUCCAGCAGACAAACUUCUAGGAACACUGCAAGAAAAAAGUAAUUCAAAAAUCACCUUUAAAGAGCUCCAGGAUGCCUUUGAUAAAAUUGAUAGAUGGGACGUUAUCGAUGACUUGGAACCCCUUUUUGUCAAGGAUGCGCAAGCCUAUUUCGAAAGGAUCGAGAGAUCCAAAUUAACUCCGGAAUCAAUAGACAAUAAUGUAGACGCAGCAAUGCUUACAGUUGAUGAUAUAUACAGAUUUAAAGAUGGUUCAGAAAGACAGUUCUACGACGCUUUUCUUUUAUAUGCGGACGAAGAAUUCGAAUUUGCUAAGGAGGUGCUGGAGAGACUUGAAAAAGAUAAUUUAAAGCUUUGCACUAGGGAGAGAGAUCUGAUUGGGGGGAUCACGUUUGAACAUGACGCAAUUAUGCAGUUAAUUUCUGAACGGUGUAAUCGUUUAAUUGCGAUAAUCUCCCCAGAUUUUUUGAAGAGUCCCGCAAACCAAUUUUUUUUAAAGUACGCACAUGCGGUCCAAAUAGAAACACGACAAAGGAAACUAAUACCUUUCAUUUACAAAACGUGUGAGCUUCCGCGGGUGCUGAGUUUCACAAACAAAGCCGACUACAGUCGCAGAGACAAUUACGAUUUUUGGGGAAAACUCCGCGACUCUAUAAGAGCUCCACUUCCGCCGGAUUAUAAAACCGACAAGAUUGUGCCAAGUACUUGUAGAAAUCCGAGUUUGGAAAAGGCAGCUCCCAAAAUAAAUUCAGAAUCCUGUUAUAUGAAUGACAUGAAAAAGACAAUUUUAUCGGUAGGUGAAAGUGUCUCCGAGAAAAAUGAAUUUUUAAAAGUCCAUGAAAAGCUCCAGAAGGUCGAAGGCGAACCCGAAUUGGCAAAAGGUACCCGAAUUUCUUUGAAGAAUUCCGUUUCUUUGUUCAAUUUUACUUUUGCAAAUUUUAAGAAGAAAGUGAAAAAAGCCGAUGAAAGUCCUGAAGAAAUUAAUAAGGAACUGAUUAGAGUGAAAGAUGAAAAGAAAGAAAAGAAAAACGUUAAAAAAAGAAUGAAAGCACUCAAGGCUUAAUGGACUUUGUAUGCAUUUUUUAAAAUUAAAUUUAAUUCUUUUCCGUUUAUGAUAAAUUACCUAUUAUGAAGAAUAGAAAACUGUAUUAUCGGCGAAUUGAUUAGAGGUUACAACAGAAACAAGUCAUUUGGUAAAAGGUUUUAAAUGUAGAAUUGCUAGUUUAUCUAAAAAUUGGUAUAAUGUACUUUAACAUUUUUUUCAAGUUAUAUGUUAAAUUUGUUCAAU